GAAGGGGGGGCUCGCGGGGGGGGGAGGCGGAGUCUCGGCAGACCUGGCAGGGCCGCCAUUUUUUCAGACUGGUUUGAGGGGAUCUAAUUUCUGAAAGUCGCCGUUGACUAGGACACAGUUUUAACGGUUUCCCACUAAUUUCCAGUCAAAUUCGUGCCACCGCGUACAACAAGAGGCAAGGCGUUUUUCAACGAGAGCGGACUCUCCAGAGGACACCGUUAAACACAGACGUUUUAAAGCUUUGCCAGGGAUCCGCAGUGUGUGGACAGAAGUAUUGUUUUGGUUGUGGAAGCUGUGUUGAAAAGCGACGGGGGUCUCACCCAGGUCCCCUUAUUCGCUAUUCAGCUCCUCCAGAGUGGACAUAAAACGGCCUUGUGGAUGCACUUAGAUGUCUGCAAUGACUGCUGUGGCUGGCAUGCCUCAGUGUUUUGGACUCCCAUUCUCUGGACUCAGUAGGACAAGAACUGAUCAGCAGAGAACAUCAUGAGCAUAGUCAUCCCAGUAGGGGUGGACACAGCAGACACCUCAUACCUGGACAUGGCUGCGGGCUCAGACAGACCAGAAUCGGUGGAGGCCAGCCCUGUGGUGGUGGAAAAGUCCAGCUACCCACACCAGAUCUACAGCAGCAGUUCUCACCAUUCCCACAGUUACAUUGGCCUGCCUUACGCUGACCAUAACUAUGGGGCGCGGCCCCCACCUACACCACCAGCCUCCCCUCCCCCCUCCAUGUUGAUCCGACAAGGAGAGGGGGGGUUGUUUGUUCCAGGGGGCCAGGACGAAGCAUCAAGGGGCACGACGCUCAGCACCUCAGAGGAUGGCAGCUACGGGGCUGACAUCACCCGCUGCAUCUGUGGCUUCACCCACGAUGACGGCUACAUGAUCUGCUGUGAUAAGUGCAGUGCCUGGCAGCAUAUAGACUGCAUGGGCAUCGACAGGCAGAACAUUCCUGAGACCUACCUGUGUGAACGCUGCCAACCACGACACCUGGAUCGAGAGAGGGCCAUCCUGCUGCAGACCAGGAAACGGGAAUGUUUGUCUGAUGGGGACACGAGUGCUACAGAGAGUGGAGAUGAGGUGCCGCUAGAGCUCUACUCCACCUUCCAACACACGCCUACCACCAUCACCCUGACUACCGCGCGCCUUGGCAAUAAGCAGGCUGAUAAGAAACGCAAAAAGAGCGGUGAUAAAGAGCCUCCAGCGUCUUCUGCCCGAGCAAAGAAGGCCUUCCGAGAAGGGUCCAGAAAGUCCUCCAGAGUAAAGGGUGCAGCGCCAGAGCAGGAGCCAACAGAGUCCCUGUGGGAGAACAAGAUCAAGACGUGGAUGGAGCGUUAUGAGGAGGCCAGCAGCAAUCAGUACAGCGAGGAUGUCCAGGUCCUGUUGCGUGUCAAAGAACAAGGCGAUGGCAAGAGCCUGGCGUACAACACGCACCCUGCCUCUUUCAAACCCCCUGUGGAGAGUCAAGUUCAGAAGAACAAGAAGAUCCUCAAAGCGGUGCGAGACUUGGCCCCAGACUCCCUCAUCAUUGAGUACAGGGGCAAGUUCAUGCUCAGACAGCAGUUUGAGGCCAACGGAUACUUCUUUAAGAGGCCAUACCCAUUUGUGUUAUUUUAUUCUAAAUUUGACGGACUGGAGAUGUGCGUGGACGCUCGUAGCUUCGGCAACGAAGCGCGCUUCAUCCGUCGCUCCUGCACCCCUAAUUCUGAAGUGCGGCACGUCAUUGAGGACGGCAUGCUGCAUUUAUACAUCUACUCAUUGAGGCCGAUCACCAAGGGCACAGAGAUCACCAUCGGUUUUGAUUUUGACUAUGGCAGCUGUAAAUACAAGGUGGACUGUGCCUGCGUGAAGGGGAAUCAGGAGUGCCCGGUGCUCAAGCACAACCUCGAACCCACAGAGAACCUGGUCGGCCGGCGCAGAGGGAGUCGUAAGGACAAGGAGACGGUUCGAGACGACCUGGGCCAGAACCAGAACAUGGGUCUGGACGGCGAGGGGAAGGGCAAGAGCGUGGGCGACGGCAAACAGAGGAAGCUCUCUCCUCUUCGCCUCUCUAUCUCAAACAACCAGGAUCCUGAGUUAUAUGAGGAUCUAGAAGACAAAACCUCCGUUAGCAAUGAAGUAGAGAUGGAGUCAGAGGAGCAGAUUGCAGAGAGGAGGAGGAAGAUGGCCAACCCAGCGGAGCAGUCCCAUCUCCCUGUCGGGGCGGCUUCCAGCUGGAAAGAACUGAAACACAAGGAGGUAAACUUUACUCCACCCAUCUACCAGCCUCCCCACCACCACCUCUCCCCCAAAUCUCCCAGAGAGACACGAGAGGAGAGGAAGAUGGAGGCCAUCCUGCAAGCGUUUGCCCGAAUGGAGAAGAGAGAGAAGCGAAGGGAGCAGGCGCUGGAAAGAAUCGGUAGCAUCAAGUCGGAGGUCGGGGGACGCAGUGACAUCAAGGAGGAGCCUCCAGCCACGCCAGAGACGGCAGAUUCUCCAGCUGUUAUGCAGCCGCUCCUGGAGGUGAAAGAGGAGCCAGGAUUAAAGCCGGCCAAGGUCAAAGGCUCGAGGAACAGGAAAAGUUUCUCAAGGAACCGCACGCACAUUGGCCAACAGCGCCGGAGAGCUCGCACCAUCAGCACCUGCUCUGACCUGCAGCCUGGCUCUCCAAUUGAAUCUGUGGAGCCUCUGAGCAACGAAGCCCCCGAAGGAGAGACACCCACCGCACCAGAGCCGGAGGCAAUCUCUUCCCAAGCACCAGACACCAGCCCUCCGCACAGCAGCUCACCUGCACCUGACAGAAACCGCACCGGGAGCAAGAACUUCAAAACUAAAAAGCACUUUGUGAGUGAGUGGGUGGGAGAGAAGCAGCAGGACCGUGGUGCAGUACGAACCCCAGAGCCGGCCCCCGAGAGGCCGCUGAGAAUAAGCAGUGACCCCGAAGUACUCGCCACACAGCUGAACGCCCUCCCAGGCAUGGCCUGCUCUCCACAGGUCUACAGCACGCCCAAACACUACGUCCGCUUCUCGUCCCCUUUCCUGGCGAACCGCAGUCCGACAACUCCCGGAGUCCCCACUGGGAGACGGCGUUCCAGAGAACUGCCAGAAACGCCGCCAACCACCGGCUCCUGCAAGAAGCGAUGGUUGAAGCAGGCCCUUGAGGAAGAGGGAUCCACCAGCCCAGCCAGACGACCAAGCCUCCUCAUGCCCUGUGAGGGUCCUCUUAGCCCCUCAAUCAACGGAGACUCUGACAGCCCUCUUCCCUACAAUGGCACCUGCUCGCUACCUGAGUUGCCCACGCCUUUGAAAAAGCGCCGGUUGAGUCCAUUAGAUGCCUGUAUGUCUGAGAGCUCCACACCCUACGGCUCCCCUUGUGCCACGCCCACCAGGGCAGACCAAUCGGAGACACCCGCAACCCCCAUCUUACUGGCUACCCCACCGCGUCCCAGAACGGAGGAGCCCAGUACAGAGCCCCCGCCCAACACCCCAACGCAGACACUUAACGCCCCUCUGGAGAGUGAAUCCUCUGUGGAGAGCUCCCCAGAGCUCAGCCGGAAACCCAGUGUACAAGAGGCCGAUCGUCCUCCUUCGUUGGUCUCCUCUCCCUGCAUCAGGGCUCCCAGUUCAGACGGACUCCCGGCUGAAGCCAAAGUGUCGGUUCCUGAGAGUCCACAGCCUCCGGUCGCCGACUCUGUGGACUGUGGAGAGGACAGGACCGAUGGUGGGGUUGUAGAAGGCAGUAGUGAGCCUUCCUCGUCCGCAGAAACAUGUGCUUCCUCUUUUCCUGGCUGGAUAAAAAGCCCAGACAGAGGCCCGACUGGACCAGCUGGCCUGAACUUCUCUCCAGUCAACUCAAACCUAAGGGACCUCACCCCCUCACACACUCUGGAGCCCCUGGCGGCUCCCUUCAGGCCCGACGCUGCAGCUGGGGCUGCGGCAGGGUCCACAGCAGGGACCGGGUCAUUGGUUGGCCCUCAAGCCCCCUUCAGUGAAGGCCAGGGGCAGCUGUUUUACCCCUGCUCUGAGGAGGGAGGUUCACUCGGCUUCUCGCGCUCACUGAAUGGGGAUGGCAGCGGUGAAGGAGGAGGAUCAGCGCAGAACCCCCCACAGAAGAAAAAGGUUUCCCUGCUAGAAUACAGGAAACGUCAGCGCGAAGCCCGUCGCAGCGGCUCCAAGACCGAGUGCAGCUCUCCUGUCUCCACAGUGCCACCUCUGACCGUGGACGCCUUCCCCGUCGCGCUGGAGACGACAAGCGAACCUCCACUACCCCCUGCUCCUACAGCUGUCUGCAACGCCAACAACACCAUCGUUGUUAAAGAGCCCCAGACGAGCGAGGAGGCCGAGACGCCCGGAGAGAAAGGCGAGAAGGAAGGAGGAGAAGGACAGUGGACGUCGUCCACUUCUGUAGAGCAGGCCCGAGAACGCAGCUACCACAGAGCUCUGCUGCUCAGCAAAGACAAGGACACGGAUGGUGAGACAGAAGGUGGAGAUACACCUGCACUGAGAGAUUGCCCGUCUCCAAGUCUUCAGAAGACCCCGACUCACACCCCCUGCUCUCCUGGUCCUCUCGCUCAGUCCACCAAUCGGCCACCGAAGGAGGAAGACGGCGACGGGCAGCCGAGCAAGCCUGCGGGACCCAAGUCGGCUCCUCUGACCCCCACAAAGCUGCAUCCCACCCCGUUACCCUCCUCGCCGGUCCACUAUCCGGGACCCUCCCUCCUGCACUCGCCCAAGCCUCAGCCUCAGGGCUCGCCGUACCGCAGCCAGAGGGCGCUGUUCUCCGCUCAGCCUCAAAACCAACCGCAGCCCCAGGCUCAGACUGGCCCAGCUCCUUUCCCCCAGUAUAACACACAGAGUGCUCCACCGCCACCUCCCCCUCCUCCACCAGCACCACCGGCCUCCACGGCGUAUUUUCCCAGCCAGAGCCCCUCGCCUGCUGGACCUUUCCCCGGGUUCAAACCCGCUGUCACACCCCCUUACCCUCCGUGUUCUCAGCCCCUGAUGCAGACUCUUCCCCACAGCGUGCACUAUCAGAGCUCAGCCGCUCCACCGCCGCCGCCUCCUCCGCCCCCGCACCCGAUGCCCGGCCCCACCCUGCUGCACGUCAACCUGCAGCCCCCUCCCAUCCAGCAGCACCAGCUCAUGCUGACCACCGCCCCUCCGCCGCCUCCUCCCCCACAGGGCCAGACCUCACAGCAGCAGCAGCAGCAGCCUCCCGCUGGCAGCUCCCUGCUGUCGCUCACCCCUCCUCCGCCGCCUCCUCCACCUCCUCCAGCCCCCUCGACCAACGCCCCGAUGCAGGCCCACCACUUUCAGAACUUAGGGGGUUUUCAGCCGGCGUUGCUACACCCGGGCGGCGCCGCCACAAACCCUUCAGUGCCCCAAUCCACGUACCCCCCACCCCUUCAGCAGACCGGACUGCCUCCACCUCCCCCUCCUCCUCCCCAACAGACUCAACAAGGCCAGGCUCAGGCCGCCGCCUCCCAGAUGCCUUCUGGGACUCGUGGAGCUCCUGCGUCCUCGACCCCCUUCCACAGCUCGGGGUACCUGAGCACAGGGUGGCACUGACGGCCCCUUCCCCUCAACCACCCACCCAAACCAACCCCACCCACCCAGCAGCAGCCCCUGAGAACUCAGCCUGAGAGGGGCGUGUACCAUAAGCUGUAGAUAUGUUUUCUAUGUACCCGAACACAUGGCCAGUGGAAAAACAGCUGAUUGUGGGAUAAAAGGAUACUUUUUAAAAAAUUGGAAAAAAAAAACAAGGACAGAAAUUUUUUUUUAGAAAAAAAGGACAGUAAUUAAGACAAACUGUAAAAAAAAAUGAAGAUGGACGAUCCCUGCGGUGCUCAUAGCCCUCUCUCUCUCUCUCUCUCUCUCUCUCUCUCUCUCUCUCUCUCUCUCUCUGGCCUCCUUUUUUGUUUUUAUAUAUCCUUCCUGUGAUGGAGAGGAAAACUCUCUGUUCUGUGUCUUGUUUGAACUCCCGUUGUAACGCCCCGCACUUUGUUUAUCAAUGGACAUUCCAGCCUAUACCCUCCCUCCCUCCCUCCUUUCUUUCUUUGUCAGUUAUUCCUCUCCUCUCUCGUCUGUUGUCGGCUCUCUACAAACAUUUAUUUGUUUUAAUCUAGUGGCUCAUUAUAGCAAAGAGAAAAAAAGCUUUUUGUAUAGAGAAAAAAAAACACACAAUUAUUUUUUUUAUUCCUCUGUCUAACAACAAAUAAUCUGUUCACCGCUGCAGAUUCAGAAAAGAAAAAGAGAAAAAGACCCGUUUCUGGGAGCCUGCCUCACCGCCCUGGGAGGCUGCACUCAUGUAUGGAUGUGUGUGUGAAUGCCUGUGUGUGUGUUAAGAGGAGGAAAGUGUGUGAGUGUGUGUGAUGAGUGCUUGUAGUCUUCUAAGGUAGGCAGAGGUCUUGACCCCACAGGUAGGACGUUAGCGGUUUAUUUUUGAAUAUCAAUGGUUAUUUGUAGAAAGUGUAAUUUAAUGUAUAGGUGGUUACUCCAGCUUUCACCAGGAACAGGUUGUAAAUAUUUGCUUCUUUUCUUUUUCUAUGCUUGUACAAUUCGCUCCCAUCCCAUUUUGAAAUAUGGUUGUACAUAUGAACGCUCUUCUUGGCAAAGCUGAAUGUUUCUGUGACUGUAGCAUUAUUUUUAUUUUAUUUUUCCACCCCUCCUCUUCCUCUUCCUCCUCCUCUUCUCUCUGGACUCUUUUGUCUUUUUUUUUUUUUUUUCUAAUUUUUAUUAUUUGUGUGUGUGAGUGUAUGUUUGUGCGGAGGGGAGAGACUCACAGACACUGCACUGGUUGGCUAUUUUCAUGGUUCAUUAUAAUAAAUCACUGUAAUGACAGUUUUAUACAACUUGUCGUGACAUGUGUCUCUGGGAGAA